AGGGUGGCCUUGCUGUUGGGUGCAGGAGUCUUUUGUUGCCUUUGCCAUUGUAUGCCAAGUGUCUAGAUCGGAGGCCCGCCUUUAUCUCUUCCUCCUCCUCCUCCUCUCCCCGUGUUAGCCACAGGAUCUUGUGGACAAAAAGGUCAAGUGUCAGUGGUCAAGGUCAGAUGAGAUUCAGUCCCUGGCCAGCACCACUGGUGUGUCUCCCCCGGGCUAGAGAUGACCCCCCUGAAAAUCGCCUUUCACCCCACCAUCUUGCUGGUUGCACGUUAGUUAAACAUAUUUCUGCGGUUUACCGAUGAGUGUGUUCUACCAGAACCCUUAUGGAAACCAAGAGCUCACGUCUGCCCGAUCUGUAGAAGGAGGGGGUGUUGGAGAGCUGGGCCGGCCCCGGGUCCCUCCAGCUCUCGCUUCUCGGCAGCCAGGCCUGUCACUGUGCCACACGCACAAAUAAAGACUAGAUUUGUCAGACAGGAAGCCAGGGUGUUAGCAAAUUAAUUUCUGUGGUGAAUCAUAGGACAGUCACGCUGGAAGAGAGCAUUGUUUCAUCGCCCAAGGUUUGUAUCCAAGUGCACUAGUGGUUUCCAGGUUUGUAAAUUGCGGAUCCCCCUAAGCCGUUUAGAAUGGAAGGGAGUGAGCUGUAGGUGUGUAGAGACCCGGCCCAGGGAGGGGAGGAGCUCAUUCAGAGGCACACAGCGUGGAGUCCCAGCGUAAGAGAUGGAUUUAACACCAUAAACUGUGCAGGUGCUUGUGUUGGUGGACGGUUAGCCACUGGUCCCAAGCAGGAGGACUGGCUGCUGGCACUGUACUGCCCCAAAGUUUCUCAACGUUAUAAAUGUCAAGCAGGAUUCCUGGGAGCCCAUGGGGGGCUGUGACCCCAUAUGCACACCCUGCAGGGCCUGAUGUGGCCCUGGCUCCUAAGUUUUCUCCCUCUCAGGGUGAUUACAGACUGGCUUCUAGCAGCAGAGAGAGCUGUUAGGGGAGUCAGUUCUGUGCACACGAAAUGCUGUGGAUGUCCUUCCCUCCCAGCCAAAUGCAGGAGCUGUUACACCUGCUGCUCUGGCUGAGGAAGGCCCCGUGUCUGCCCUCCCCAAACAGAGGACGGGAGCGCCCUUGCAUCCUUCCUUGGCUUUGCUGGCCGCCCCUCAGACAGACGCUCAUGGAAGGAGCUCAGCCCGGCCUCUGCUCCAGCUGUCCUUGUCCACACACCCACUGCGCUGCUCUGCAGAUGAACAGGCCGCCUGUGCUCAGGAAGGCCCCACCUGCAUUCGAGCCGGGAGGGCAGGAAGACAGAGUCAGUCCAUGAGGCCGAUGAUGGCUGUUCCAGGAUGGAAGGAGGCAAGAGCGUGCUUCACACGCAGAGCAUAGGGGCUCACGAGUUCUGCCUGGGCAGGUCAGGAAGGCUUCCUGGAGGAGGCAGUAUCUGGGCAUGGCUUCAAAGAACGCUCGACAGAGAAUUAGUAGCCUAGGUGGAAUGAGCUCAGGGGAGUGGAAAUGUGCUAGGAGCCCCGCGAGUAGCAGCGGGGUGGGGUGGGCAGGGAGGAAGUCUCCUGUGACAGCUCAAGUUCAGGUUUCAGAGGCAGCGGGGGAACAGAACUCUUGAAACUUCUUGGAAUUUAAUAUUUAACCUUCUCGGUGUUUACUUGCUCUCCUGCCAGGGGCGUUCUUCGAGUGCUUUUCAGAUCCCCUGGAAACCCCCUCUCGCAGCCCACGCUGCGCAGCUCUGCCUUUGGGUGGCCACGAGGGCUCGUGGGGAGCAGUCCCUGCCGCUGAGGUUGUGUUUUCACAGGUCAGGGGGCGUCUUGCCCCCCGCCCCGUGCCCUGCUUGCUGGGUCCGGGGUCCACCAUUCAGGCUCAAUGAGCCAUUCUGUGCCCUUUCCCCCGCCUUUUCUUCUUGUUUUUAUCUUAUUUCCUGGCACUAAUUCUCUAAUCCUGUGUGUCUGUGUGUGUGUGUAUAUAUAUAUUUUUUAAUUAAUUUUGUAUUUGUAAAAACCUUGGAGCAUUUGAAUGGGAGGGAAAGAAGUAAGUCAGUCUUUUUAUUUCCUUUGAAAACCAAUCUUGCAAGUAAAUGUUGAUUGUUCUACUAUUUCCCGUUUUGUCCUUGAGAGAGCAGGUCCCGAAAAGCAACCAAACGCCGCCUGCUCCGCUGCCCAGCUGUGCUGCUGGUCACAUUCAGAGAUGAGUCCUCCAGCCAGGCUGCAGGGCAGGGGGUUGCCGGGCACUUGAGCUAAAAGCCAGGGCUUCCUCUUCUAGGAACGGGCAAGGCUUGGCCGGCACUAAGUGCAGGCGAGCGGCUCAGCACGGCCGCCAGCCCGGCCCCUGGGCAGCCCUGGGGAUCUGCCUGGAUACCAGACUUUGUUUAGUAAACUUCUUAGCGAUGGUCCGGGCGCAGAGAGACGCUCCGCUGGCCGCGACAGCCACGCCAUGGCUUCCAGCAGGACUGCUCUCUGCAGCUGUGGCCGUCCCAGGAGGAGGGAAGAGAUGUUGUUUGUCAAAGGGAAGAGCAUGGAGGAGAUUAAGAAGGUGCUGCUGCUGGUGCUGGGCUGCGCCGUCCAGUGUGAGAGGAAAGAGGAGUUUAUUGAGAGAAUCAAACAGCUGGACAUCGAGACGCAGGCUGGGAUCGUGGCCCACAUCCAGGAGGUGACCCACAACCAGGAGAACGUGUUCGACCUGCAGUGGCUGGAGCUGCCCGACGUGGCCCCGGAGGAGCUGGAGGCCCUCUCCAGGAACAUGGUGCUUCAUCUCCGGAGGCUCAUCGACCAGCGGGAUGAGUGCACGGAGCUGAUCGUGGACCUGACCCAGGAGCGGGACUACCUGCAGGCGCAGCACCCCCCCAGCCCCGCCAAGUCCUCCAGCGCGGACUCCACCCCCAGCCCCACCAGCAGCCUCUCCAGCGAGGACAAGCAGCACCUGUCCGUGGAGCUGGCCGACACCAAGGCCAGGCUGCGGCGCGUCAGGCAGGAGCUGGAGGAGAAGACGGAGCAGCUUGUGGACACCAGACACGAGGUGGACCAGCUGGUGCUGGAGCUGCAGAAAGUGAAGCAGGAGAACAUCCAGCUGGCGGCGGACGCCCGGUCGGCUCGCGCCUAUCGGGACGAGCUGGACUCCCUGAGGGAGAAGGCGAACCGCGUGGAGAGGCUGGAGAUGGAGCUGGCGCGCUGCAAGGAGAAGCUGCACGACGUGGACUUCUACAAGGCUCGCAUGGAGGAGCUCAGAGAAGAUAACAUCAUUUUAAUUGAAACCAAGGCCAUGCUGGAGGAGCAGCUGACUGCUGCCCGCACUCGGGGCGACAAAGUCCACGAGCUGGAGAAGGAGAACCUGCAGCUGAAAUCUAAACUUCACGACCUGGAACUGGAUCGGGACACAGAUAAGAAACGAAUUGAGGAGCUGCUGGAAGAAAACAUGGUCCUCGAGAUUGCGCAGAAGCAGAGCAUGAACGAAUCUGCCCACCUCGGCUGGGAGCUGGAGCAGCUGUCCAAGAAUGCAGACCUGUCAGACGCCUCCAGGAAGUCGUUCGUGUUCGAGCUGAACGAGUGCGCCUCCAGCCGCAUCCUGAAGCUGGAGAAGGAGAACCAGAGCCUGCAGAGCACCAUCCAGGGGCUGCGGGACGCGUCCCUGUCGCUGGAAGAGAGCAGCCUCAAGUGCGGGGAGCUGGAGAAGGAGAACCAGCAGCUCAGCAAGAAGAUCGAGAAGUUACAGACGCAGCUGGAGAGAGAGAAGCAGAGCAACCAGGAUUUGGAGACCCUCAGCGAGGAGCUGAUCAAAGAGAAGGAGCAGCUGCAGAGCGACAUGGAGGCCCUAAAGGCCGACAGGGCCCGGCAGAUCAAGGACCUGGAGCAAGAAAAGGACCACCUCAACCGAGCGGUGUGGUCGCUGCGGGAGAGGUCGCAGGUGAGCAGCGAGGCCCGCGUGAAAGACGUGGAGAAGGAGAACAAAGCCCUCCACCAGACGGUGACAGAGGCCAGCAGCAAGCUCAGCCAGCUGGAGUUCGAGAAGCAGCAGCUGCACAAGGACUUGGAGCAGGCCAGGGAGAAGGGGCAGCGGGCGGAGAGGCUGGAGGGGGAGCUGCAGCGGCUGCAGGAGGAGAACGCGCAGCUGGCCAGCAAGGUGACCUCCCUGGAGACGGCCACCGAGAAAGCCACGGCCCUGGAGCACGAGAGCCAGGGCCUGCAGCUGGAGAACCGGACGCUGAGGAAGUCCCUGGACACCCUGCAGAACGUGUCGGUGCAGCUCGAGGGCCUGGAGCGCGACAACAAGCAGCUGGACGCGGAGAACCUGGAGCUGCGCAAGGUGGUGGAGGCCAUGCGCUUCACCAGCGCCAGGAUGGCGCAGAUGGAGAGGGAGAACCAGCAGCUGGAGCGCGAGAAGGAGGAGCUGCGGAAGAACGUGGAGCUGCUGAAGGCGCUGGGCAAGAAGUCGGAGCGCCUGGAGCUCAGCUACCAGAGCGUGAGCGCCGAGAACGUGCGGCUGCAGCAGAGCCUGGAGAGCAGCGGGCGCAGGGCGCAGGCCCUGGAGGGCGAGCUGGGCGAGCUGGAGGCCGAGCACCAGGCGCUGCGGCGGGAGCUGGAGGCCCUGCGGCUGGCCGGCGCGCAGCUGGAGCGGGCCGAGCGGGACAAGAAGGCCCUGGAGCAGGAGGUGGCCCAGCUGGAGAAGGACAGGAAGCUGCUGGAGAAGGAGGCCAAGCGGCUGUGGCAGCAGGUGGAGCUGAAGGACGCCGUGCUGGACGACAGCUCCGCCAAGCUGUCCGCCGCCGAGAAGGAGAACCGCGCGCUGGACCGCGAGCUGGCCCGCUGCAGGGACGCGGCCGGCAAGCUGAAGGAGCUGGAGAAGGACAACAGGGACCUCACCAAGCAGGUCAUCGUGCACACGAGGACGCUGACCGCCCUGCGGGAGGACCUGGUGCUGGAGAAGUUGAAGAGCCAGCAGCUGAGCGGUGAGCUGGACAAACUGGGCCAGGAGCUGGAGAAGGUCGGCCUCAGCAAGGAGCUGCUGCUGCAGGACGACAACAGCAACGGUGACACAAAAUACAAGAUUUUGGAGGGCAGAAAUGAAUCAGCAUUGAAAACAACACUGGCCAUGAAAGAAGAAAAGAUUGUGUUCUUGGAAGCGCAGAUGGAAGAGAAAGUGAGCUUGAACCACCAAUUGCAGAACGAUCUCCAGACGCUGCAGAAGGAGUGCGAGACCCUCAGGCAGAGCCAGGAAGAGGGGAAGCACCUGCAGAACUCUUUCAAACACCCCGUGGGGAAGACGGUCGCUGGCAGUCAGGGGAAGGAGACCUGGGGACCCAGCCACAAGGAAGCCACGAUGGAGCUGCUCCGGGUGAAGGACCGGGCCAUUGAGCUGGAGCGGAACAACGCGGCUCUGCAGGCUGAGAAGCAGCUGCUCAAGGAGCAGCUACAGCACUUGGAGACUCAGAAUGUGGCCUUCAGCAGUCAGAUGCUGACGCUGCAGAAACAGAGCGCCUUCCUGCAGGAGCACAACACCACGCUGCAGACGCAGACGGCCAAGCUGCAGGUGGAGAACUCCACCCUGAGCUCCCAGAGCGCCGCGCUCACCGCACAGUACACGCUGCUGCAGAACCAGCAGACGGCCAAGGAGACGGAGAACGAGAACCUGCAGAAGCAGCAGGAGCAGCUGACGGCGGCCUACGAGGCCCUGCUGCAGGACCACGAGCACCUGGGCGCACUGCACGAGCGGCAGUCCGCCGAGUACGAGGCCCUGAUCCGCCAGCACAGCUGCCUGAAGACGCUGCACCGGAACCUGGAGCUGGAGCACAAGGAGCUGGGGGAGAGGCACGGCGACAUGCUGAAGCGCAAGGCAGAGCUGGAGGAGCUGGAGAAGGUCCUGACGGCCGAGCGGGAGGCCCUGCAGCAGGAGCAGAGGACGAACGCCGUCACCGCGGGCGAGAACCAGAGGCUGCGGGGGGAGCUGGACAGGGUCAACUUCCUGCACCACCAGCUGAAGGGGGAGUAUGAGGAGCUGCACGCCCACACCAAGGAGCUGAAGACCUCGCUGAACAACUCGCAGCUGGAGCUGAACCGCUGGCAGGCGCGGUUCGACGAGCUGAAGGAGCAGCACCAGAGCAUGGACAUCUCGCUGACCAAGCUGGACAACCACUGCGAGCUGCUCUCCCGUCUCAAGGGGAACUUGGAGGAAGAAAAUCACCACCUCUUGAGCCAGAUCCAGCUGCUGAGCCAGCAGAACCAGAUGCUUCUGGAGCAGAACCUGGAGAACAAGGAGCAGUACCACGAGGAGCAGAAGCAGUACAUAGACAAAUUAAACGCCUUACGGAGACACAAGGAAAAACUGGAAGAAAAAAUCAUGGAUCAGUACAAGUUCUAUGACCCUGCUCCAAAGAAGAAGAACCACUGGAUUGGAGCCAAAGCGUUAGUCAAACUCAUCAAACCAAAGAAAGAGGGUUCGAGAGAACGGCUGAAGUCGACCGUAGACAGCCCCCCCUGGCAGCUGGACUCCUCAGAGCCCACCUCACCAGCGACCUCUCAGGCUCUCAGAUCACAGCCGGAGAACCCCGACACCCCCCCACCGGGCUCGAACUGCGCAGAAGAGCGCGACGCCCACGGCGGGCCUGUGGGGAAAGGCCCUGGGGAUCUAAAGCCAAAGCGAGGGUCCCCGCACGGAGGCAGCCUUGACCGCACAGAUGCUUCCGCCGACGCGGCCGUGAAGUCCUGGCCCUCGGAGCUGGGCUCCCGCACCUGCUCAGCCCCAGCCCCCGCCACCGUCCCGUCCAGCUCCACCCCCCUCGCCCGGCACCCAGGCCGCACCAAAGGCUGCAAUUCAGAUGACAACCUCUGUGAGCCGUCCCUGGAGCUCGAGUUCAGCAACCACAGGCAGUGCGCGUCCCGGCCGAGCAGCUUGGAGAGCAGCAGGAACACAUCCAGCAACAGCUCGCCUCUCAACCUAAAAGGUUCCUGCGACCAGCUCCACGGACGGUCCGAGAGCUUCAGCAGCGAAGACCUGAUCCCCAGCAGGGACCCGGCCACUCUGCCCCGGGACACCAGCACCCCAGGACGCAGCGCCCUUGGCCGCCAUGAGUACCCCCCACCCCGGAAUGGGCCUCUCCCCCAGGAGGGUGCCCAGAAGAGGGGUGCCGCCCCCUCCCAUGCGGGGCUGCGGCCCUGCUCUGCCUCCCCCAGCAGUGAGAUGGUCACCUUGGAGGAGUUCCUGGAGGAGAGCAACCGCAGCCCCCCCACCCACGACACUCCCAGCUGCCCGGACGACCUGCUGAGUGACUACUUCCGCAAGGCCGGUGAUCCCCCGGCCAUUGGAGGCCAGCCAGGACCACCGACCAGGAAGGAAGGGGCCAAGAUGCCCACCAGCCUCGUGGCCCCCACCGUCAAGAUGGCCGUCGGCGCCCCCGAGGGGAGGCUGCUGAAGCCCGGGCAGUGUGUAAAGCCAAACUUCAGGCCAGCUGAGGCCGAGGCCCCGCCCGGUGUGCCCCCGAGGCAGGCCCAGCCUCCCCAGAGCCUGUCUCUGGGCAGACCCCGGCAAGCCACCAUGUCCCCAGCUUCCCACACACCCCCCAGCCGGAGUGCUUCCCUGAGCCGGGCCUUCAGCCUGGCCUCGGCUGACCUCCUCCGGGCCAGCGGGCCAGAGGCCUGCAAACAGGAGUCCCCUCAGAAGCCGGGGGUUCCCGAGGUCUCGGGGGCCAGAGAGACAGGCAGCCACAGCCUGCAAAGCUCCACAGCCCCCGGCUCGCACAGCCUGGCCCGGGAGCGGACCCCACUGGUGGGAAAGGCCGGCAGCUCCUCUCAGGGGCUGGGCCCCCGCAGCCGGCCGCUGGACACCAGGCGCUUCUCACUGGCUCCGCCGAAGGAGGAGAGGCUGGCCCCGCUGCAGCAGUCCGCCACCGUCCCAGCCAUCGCCACUGUAGGCGGUGGCGGUGGCAGCGGCUCCCAGCACUUCUCACCUGCUGCAGCCCCAGCUGCCAGGACCAAGCCCAAAACGCCCCCACACUCUGGGGAGAUGGCCACCGUCGCCCCUGUCCGGGCAGGGCUCGGCUUCCCAGAGGGAGAUGGGGGCUCGGGGCAGGGCUACGUCGAGGGGCUCCCGGCCAAGAGCCCAGGUCGGUCCCCCGACUCGGCUCCCCACACCAGCCGGGGCCCCGAGGACUGCAGUCGGGGCAGCAGCUCAAAGAGCACGCCGGCGUCCCCGGAGCCCUGCGGGGACCAGCAGACGGUGUGGUAUGAGUAUGGCUGCGUGUGACUCGUCUCGUGGACCGGCAGCUCCGCGUCCUCACACUACUGACACGCCCGACUCCGCCGACGCCUCUCCUGCUGCACCUGUGGUGCCCGGAAAGGGUUUGGAACGAGGAAAGGGCUUCCCACGCAUUUCCCUCUUUGUUUUUUUCUUGAAAACACUGUGCCAAGGCCCGAGGGGAUCACACUCCCAGAUAGUGCGAUGUGUCUUCUGUAUUUGCAGCUUCCAGCAGCUGGGACCUUUUGAACAAAUCCACUUUGGCAUGGGGACCACUUAGAAUGCGAUGGCAAAACCGACCCGAAUGCAGACACUAUUCCGAGUGUGCCCCAGUAGAAACACUUACUUGUUUGCAACUUCUUGACCUCCAUUAAAGCAUAUGCGCGCACACACACACACAGGCUCACAAGGCUAAGCCCUGGUGGAUCUGAAGGCCCCACUCCCUCUUCUCCCAAAAGCCAUUUGAUCCUAGGAGAAGCCCAGACCGGCCGAACUACAAAGCUUGAGGGCCGGCGGCCGGUGCCAGGGUCAGGCCUGCUGUUAAAAACCAGGGAUGUGGCUGUUCCAUUCCUGCGGUCCCAAGCACUUCCCUUUACCCCAGGGCCAAAGGUGGCCCUGGGCCUCUGCCUCCCUCCUCCAGCUGGCCCCUGGGCUCUGCACGGGGGCUCGGGGGGCCACACAGGCACCUUCUUCCCAGAUUUGCUGGCUCCUAUUCCACAAACACUGGAUCUGCCGGCCGGGGCGCAGGGCAGAGAGAAGCCCCGGCCGUCCCUCCUCCCGGCAGGUGUGCCCAGUGCACAGAGGGGACGCCCGGCGGUGGCACCUAUGUCCCCCAUCUCAGAUGAGAUGUUGAUUUAUUAUUUCUGAGUAACUUCUGGGUGUAGAAACCAAAUUUCUUUUAAUAUAUUACCUAUGUAUGUACACACUCCUGUGAAAUAUGUAUACUUGGGGGGUCUAUUUAUGUUCCCUGGGGAAUCAUUCUUUCCCAUCAGGAGUCUUAACCUGCUGCUUUGUGUUCGGUCAGAUUCCUGACACGUUUAGUUUCCUGUCGUCAAGGUGCUUUUCCUGGGGUGAACUAAACCUAUUGAUUUUUUUUUUUUUU